CCAGUGCUUUAAGAAAAAAAAAAUCUGACGGCUCAUAUUUCAAGCUAUUUAAAAUGAUGUGGGGACAACUGUACUGAAAAAAUGUAUCUGACUAUUGAGACACUGCCCUUCAGUCCUAUUUCAAAACAGUACUGGAAACUGAAAGAUCAUAAAGCUGUUCAAUGACACAAAGCAAAGUCACAUUUUUUUAAAACAUCGAAUACAUCCAGGAACCGUUGAGGGGUCCCCUAUGCUAUAGAUAAACCCAAGAUACACUGGGGGAAACUACAUAUCCCAGCUGGUCUGGGGGAACUUCAGGAGGAAAGUUGACAGCACUUCCUUCCGACAGUCCUGUUAGAAGAAAGCCUUUCUGGUUGUAAAUAUAACUAAAAUAAACUGACGAAACGUCGGUAUUUAGGUUAUAUGUGUUCUACAUAUUAGUUCUCAUAUGCGCCUAUGCACUGUUUAGAGAAGGGGUGAGCUCGGGGGAGAUUUUAUUUUGAAAACUUUCCCCGGAUGUCUUCGUUUUAUAUUCUAGCCGGCUUGAUGUUAGUUUCCUCGGUGUAUAAUACCCCGAGAGAAAAUUGCUGCAGAACAAGAAUUUUUAAGAUAUCCCACUAGUUAAUGCCGUUUUGUGGACCCUUAUCUAGUACCAGCGGUUUGCAUCAUGCUCGCCGUCAGGGUUUUAGUUUAACAUUUCAUACAGGAAUUGUUGCAUUUCCGGCGACAGACUUCAGGUACUUUAAAGUUUAAGUAUGGGUACGUGGUAAGAAACCAACGGUUCGACCCUUAGUGAUUAGCAUUCAACUUAAAACUUAAAAAAGCGGACAGGCAUUCAACAGACAAACCGGACGCAAAGCAUGGUUCCUCGCAAGCAGGACUACGGGGUGAAAAGGACCGGGGGAGCGCGGAGCAGCCCGGUUACAAACUUUAGGACAACGGUGAACUCGGGCUCUGUCCGCCGCAGCGCCGCUGUGCUCCCCUCGGUGCUAACGUUCCUGGUGAUCGUAGCAUCCGGAGGCCUGCUGCUCAUGAUAGAGAAAGGAAUGCUCAACAACAUGAAGACACCUCCACCCCGGGGCUACGGCAAGCGGCUGGACUUAAUCAGGCAGGGCGGCAAACACACCUCAGCUACUGUGGACGUGGAGUCCCAGAUCCUCCAGGAGAUCCGUAACCGGACCAUCAGGACCAUAUGCAGCCAAAAGAACAUGCCCCACAGCAUUUGGUCCUUGGGUCCCCUCCAGAGGAAGACGCUGCUGCAGCACAUCCUGGUGAAUGAUAAGUACCGCUUCCUGUACUGCUAUGUCCCCAAAGUGGCAUGCUCCAACUGGAAGAGGGUCGUGAAGGUCCUGAGCGGAGCGUUGGAGAGUGUGGAUGCCAAUAUCAAGAUGGACCACCGCAGCGACCUGCUGUUUUUGUCCUCUCUGAAGCUUGAGGAGAUUCGCUACCGCCUCAAGCACUACUUCAAGUUCAUGUUUGUGCGGGAGCCCAUGGAGCGCCUGCUUUCUGCAUACAGAAACAAGUUUGGAGAGAUAGAGUCCUAUCAGAAAAAGUAUGGUGUGGAGAUCAUAAGACGUUACAGAAAGGGCGCCACUAAGGACGCAUCUGUAACCGGAGAUGAUGUGACCUUUGCAGAGUUUGUUCGUUACUUGCUGGAUGAGGAUGUGGAGCGCAUGAAUGAGCACUGGAUGCCAGUGUACAACUUGUGUCAACCUUGCGCCGUGUCUUAUGACUUCAUUGGAUCAUACGAGCAGCUGGAAAGUGAUGCGGAGUUUGUGCUCCAGCGCAUUGGAGCACCUGCUCAUGUUCACUUCCCAGAGAGGCAAACAUGGUACAAGCCUGUCACCACAGAGACACUGCACUAUUACCUGUGUAGUUUACCUCAGAGAAUACUGAGGGAACUCCUGCCAAAGUACAUUUUAGACUUCUCCCUCUUCGCUUACCCCCUCCCAAACACAACCACUGCACACUGCCGGCACUAGGCGUGUGAUAUUUUCUACAGAAUCAUUUGUAUUGUUUUUAUGCCCAGAGAACAAACAAUAUUUCGACAGCUGUUACGCAUUUUUACUUGAGAUGUUGCAUAAUGCUGAUUACUGGAAGAGACAGAGACUUGACUUCUAAACCACUAAAGCUUGAAAUUGGCUGUAGACAAAGAGUUAUUAAAAUAUGUUACAUGCACUGUUACAGUUAAUGAACCAAUUCAGUAUACAUUCAUGGAAAUGCAAAUAAGGUUGCAAGACCAAACUUUGUAUUUUACUUGUUUCUUCAUUUAGACAGCGGAGAAGGUAAAGGGUUAAUGGCUUCUGUAGGCUUUCAGUGGUUUAGCAGGCUAAAACAAACUAUGUACACAGAAGGAUGUGGGGUUUUAAAUCAAGCUUAGGAGUGUUUUUAGUAUGUCACAGCUUCUCUUUCUCACCUGUUUCCCUUCUUUUCUAUAACUUUUGACUAUUUACUUAAAUAAAACAGAAGUUCAAAGUUU